AUGAGUGAUGGCGACAAUCCUCCGUAUCCGGAAACUGUCAAACAAACGCCGGAAAUAAUCAGUGCCGUCGAGCCCGAUGACAUGGAAAUUGAUCGCAUAGGAGACGAUGACGAUGGUUCUAUAUUUCGAGGGUUUUCCCCAGAACUCGGUGACGCAAACACACCUGCAUCGCGCUUAGCGGCCAAGAGCAGCAUCCCAUUUCUGGCCGACAUGGUGACUGAUCCGGCUAAGGCCACGGAGGAAGAGACUUACAUAUUCACCUUUGACUCUCUUGGUGGCUCUCAUAAAGCCGCGUGCCGACAUCUGUCCAAGUAUUUGAUCGCAGAGGCAAGAGAAAAGAAGAACUGGACGAAUGCCAGGGAAGCCACAGGAGAGACAGCCAAAGUCCCUAAUCAACAGAACUUCUGUGACUGCGGUUUGUUCGUUCUCCACUUCGUCCAAAAGUUCAUGCAAGACCCGGAGAAGUUCAUCCAGACCUUUCUUAAGAAAGAGAAAACGACAAAAGAGUCUUUGGACGCCCUCUGGGGCACGGAAGACGUGUCGGAAAAGCGAAAUCUUAUGAAAGCCACUAUUCAGUCUCUCGCUGAUGAUUGGAACAAGAGGAAGCGGGCAGAGGCGGCGGAGGAGCGAAGAGCCAAGGAAGCAUCCCUUGCACCCUUCCUUGAAGAUACAUUCCAGGGGACCAACGUUUCCAGCGAAGAAGAUGAUGGCGUGGAAAUCAUCGAGAUCAAAAUGGGGUCAGCAGUGGAACAGGGGGGCAAGAAACCCUCCGCUGGCAAAGGCAAAGGACGGAUGAGCAUGUCGCAGGAGAGCUCGCAAGAUGUACAGAUUCUAGGAGCCCCUGGACCAGUAACGCGGCGUUCAGAGAGACGGCAAUCAGACGUGACACCGACAUCGAGUAAACAGACGUUCACGGGAGGAGGGAUAGCUGAUGGUGUCAAGAAACGACCUCGCCCUUCCGGGGCCAUGAAAAGAGUGCUGUUCGAUUAA